UUAAGCCCUCAGUCUUGUUUUCCUUAUCUGUCAUAUUCUGGGAUUGGGCUAACAGACAGGGUCUAGGGUUUUUUCCAGCUCCAAAUCUAUAUAUUAAUUGGUUUUAUAGGUGAAGGAUUUAGACUCAAGAAGGUUACUUGGUCUGAAUUGGAAAUAAAAACCAGAUCCCUCUUCUGAACUUUCAAGUGUGCUUUCUACAUCAGAGAAUACGUUUUCUUUUGAAUGAGGACAACCAUGGGAUGAAGAGUAAUCAAAGCAGCUAUUAUGUUGCCCAUUUUACAGAUAAGAAAGGUGAGGCUUUAAGAGGUCAAGUAAUUCACUCAGGAUCUUCCAGCUGGAAGAAUCAGUAUAGUCUUUCAACUACAAGAUGAUAAAGUCUGAGCAAACAUGCAAAUACCCUGCCUCACCUGCCUUACCCCUAGAAAUGAGUCUCUUUAACAUCAUUUCCGGGAUGUAUGAUGCUUCUAAAGUGGGAAGGAACUCUGAGGGUCAUUUAGUCCUCCACCACCAUUUUACAGAUGAGGAAGAUGAAGUACACAAACAUUAAAGUAAAACAAAGGGCAAAGGGUAGAGAGGGUGGAUUUGAACUCAGGAGCUCUGAUCACAAAUCUGGACCUCUUUUUAAUUCCACGUUUUCAGAAAAUGUGUGGCUUUCUUGUAGAAGGUAGAAUUUUCUGGAGGAACAGGAUCACAUGAAAAAUAAAGAAAUUGCAUGUGUGUGUGUGCACUCAGAAUUUUCACAAAAGGAUUCUAAGAAAAACUCCCCUGGUCGCGCAGGGAAGUGGAGGGCAGAUUUCUCAAUAAUCGCUCGAAAGAUUGAGCAGAGUUUAAGGGGAGAGAGAGAACCCCAUACAUAAAUCUGCUUUUCUAGAAGAGGAUUGUAGUCAGAUUUCCCCCCCUAACGCAGAGCGCAUAAACCUCCUUUCUCUCCUCUUCGACUUCCUUCUGCCUCUUCUUGCCUUUCUCUAUUCCAAACUUUCCCAGGCUCUAGAAUCUGCCUGUUUUUUACAAGCAGGUACUGGCUUGUGCAAGUCCUGAAGCCAGUCCUGCCUUCGCCCUGUGCCCGCCCCCGGCCUUGAAAGUCACUUGAUUUAACAGCUUAUUUUGGCUGCUCUUCAGCUAAAUGGGAAGUCCUCGGGAUGUGAGGAGCUAAGGCUUCAGCCCCUACAGGAUGCUAUUUAACCUACCAUUCCUGAGCUAUCCCCACGCUGGGCUUCUGGUUGCAAAGUUCAGACUAGGCUCCCGAUUUUCCUCUCAGGUAGGAAGGAGAUUAAAGUCUGGUCCCUGCCCUGAACAGAGAAAUUUUGUGUGGGCGGGUAAAAGUUGAAGCAAGGAAAUUCCUCUUUCCUUCAUUUCUCCCCUAUAGGGCAGCCGCACUGGGGUAGGGGGGCAAGAAGGGUUCAAUUCGUCCCCACACUAAGGGUAGGGAGGAUCACGUUUGGGAAAUUGUACUGUGUAUAAAUUUGAGCACAUGUGGAAAGGACCCAUUGAGGACACCAAGAUCUGUCCGUUUGGUGGAAAGAGGACGACUAAUGUUUUAGGAAUUGCUAUGGUGGAGGAGUAGAACGAUGGAGGGAUGAAGAGGUUGGAGAAGAAAGGAUUUAUUGCAGUGUACAUCUAUGUGUUCCGAUGCGGAGUGUGUACGCACCCGUCCAAGGAUAGAAAGGACCUGCGUAAAUACCCUCUGGUGUAACUGGAAAUGGAUAUUUUUAUUCCCAAAGCCUGGUGAGUCAAAAUAAGGAGUGGUGGGCGAUUGGUGGCCAGAGUGAGCACAAAGGGGCGAAAGGGUACUGAGAUGUCCUGUCCUUUGAAGAGAGGAGCCAGAAUACCGAACAGUCUCUGCUGUCUUCAGAGGUUCCGCUGAGGGACUAGCGGGAGCACCGGCUCCACCCUUGCAGCUCUGAGGCAAAAAGAACAAAUCGCGGACGUGGAAAAAAAGGGGGUUUGGCACUAGGCGCUCGGCAGCCACUGAGAUGUGAGCGCCUUUCCGGGGAAAACAAACCCAGCAUAAAUAAUUGGGACCCGCUCAGGGCUCUUACAGACUCCUCAUCUCCAAGCCUUUCUUCGUGGGCACUCGGGGAAAAGGGAAAGGAGAGAAAGAGCCUAGAAGGACUGAGGGAAAGCAGCCGACAGACAAACACUGCGCCCCGGAGGAAGAGAGACAGAGGGGAAGAGUGAAAAAGAGACACAAGGACGGACAGAAGGAGGGGCCACUGAAGGAGAGAAAGGGAGACAAAGUGUAGUGAGGGAGCAAGAGACAGCAGAGGAAAGGGAGGCGUCGGCCAGUGGUCCACAGAAGGCGAGGCGGGGCCCCAAUGGGCAGCACGCGUUUCCCUGGUGGGGCUCUGCCCGCCUGGACAGCUGCCACCAGUAACUCCAGUCCAUGGGAGCCUUCGGCCAGCAGCCCCACGGCGGCCUCCAACGGGAGCCUGGACAUCUCGGGCCGGGACAGUAGGAACGAGGAGCUGGCCAAGCUGGAGAUCACCGUACUGGCGGUGACUUUCGUGGUGGCCGUGCUGGGCAACAGCAGCGUCCUCUUGGCGCUUCACCGCACCCAGCGAAAGACGUCUCGCAUGCACCUCUUCAUCCGCCACCUGAGCCUCGCAGACCUGGCGGUCGCCUUCUUCCAAGUGUUGCCCCAGCUGUGCUGGGACAUCACCUACCGUUUUCGAGGCCCUGACGGUCUGUGCCGGGUAGUCAAGCACCUGCAGGUCUUCGCCAUGUUCGCUUCGGCGUACAUGCUGGUGGUGAUGACCGCCGACCGCUACAUCGCAGUGUGCCACCCGCUGAAGACUCUGCAACAGCCGGCCCGGCGCUCCCGGGUCAUGAUCGCCGCCGCCUGGGCACUGAGCUUCGUGCUCAGCACGCCCCAGUACUUCAUCUUCUCUAUGGUCGAGGUCAACAAUGUCACCAAGGCCCGCGACUGCUGGGCCAACUUCAUCCAGCCCUGGGGGCUCCGCGCCUACGUGACCUGGAUGACAGGCGGCAUUUUCGUAGCCCCAGUCAUCAUCCUGGGCACUUGCUACGGCUUCAUCUGCUACCAUAUCUGGCGGAAUAUCCGCGGGAAGACGGUCACGGUGAAGAGCAAGGAGGAGGAGGAGGCAGCGGUCGGAGCCUUGCGCAAGGGGCUCUUGCUGGCUCCCUGUGUCAGCAGCAUCAAGUCAAUUUCCCGGGCCAAGAUCCGCACCGUUAAGAUGACUUUCGUGAUUGUCACAGCCUACAUCGUAUGCUGGACGCCCUUCUUCGUGGUUCAGAUGUGGUCCGUCUGGGACCAGCAAUCCUCCUGGACCGAUUCUGAAAACCCUGCUAUCACCAUCACUGCUUUACUGGGCUCCCUGAACAGCUGUUGCAACCCCUGGAUUUACAUGUUUUUCAGCGGUCAUCUCCUACAAGACUGUGUGCAGAGUUUCCCCUGCUGUCGUAAAAUGAAGCAACAAUUGAACAAAGAAGAUUCUGACAGUAUGAGCAGAAGGCAGACUUCUUUCACUAACAACCGAAGCCCCACAAAUAGCACAGGCACCUGGAAAGACUCCCCUAAAUCAUCUAAGUCCAUCAGGUUCAUUCCUAUUUCAACCUGAGUCCUUGUUUAUGCAGUGAGACUUCUUAUAGUAACAGUCGAACACUUUCAGCAGGCAAAGUUAGGCUUUAUUGGAGCAUAAGAACUCUAUGAUAUGCAAAAAAGUUAUGUGUACAGUACAAUAUUUCUAGAGAGAUUCUCUCACUGCUGUGAACAAAAGCUGUAAAUAAUUUUGUAGGAACUGUUGUUUAAAAAAAACCCACUGGAGAAAUGAUUCCUCCUAGCAGAAUCAAAGUUAAUUUUCUAAAGGAAAAAAAAUGUACAGACAUACACCUCCCUCCAUCCCUCUUGGCUUUAUUCUUUUUUGUUGUUGUUGUUCCCAAAGUAACUAAUGCAUGGUUGUUUUAAUAUAAUAGUCAUUUCACUUAGAGACAGCACUUUUGACUAAUUAUAGGCAACCCAGCCCCUGAAAUGAAUUAUGAAAGGCUUCAAAGAAAUCAGUGCUUUGGGCAACCAAGAAUAGUCUCUCUACUGGCAAAAGAGUAAUUCAUGGCCAGAUAUCCUUGGUCCCUCUCAUCUGCCUUAUGCAAAAACGAAGAAGGUCUCUUCCUACUGCCUUUGAGAAUGGGACCACCACUAUGCAACUAGGGGUUGGGAACUCUGAAACUCUUCACCAGGGAAUAAAACUUACCAUGGGAAAUAUUUCAGACACUUCUGACAGUAGAGUUGGAAAAUGGUGGCCAUCUUAUGGCGGUGUUAUACAUUAAGAAAUUUCUUAAACCAGUUUUUUAAAUGUUACAGGAGUGUAGGUUUAAAGUGGGAAAAUACCUCAGAAGUCACUGAGUCUAACAUCCCUUUUAAAAUAAAAACAAAACAAAAAAACAAAAUGAGACCAAGAAAAAUUGAGAUUUGCCCAAGGUUGUGUAGAUAAUAAAUGGCAAAGUCAAAAGAUCUGAACCUCAGCCUUCUGAUUAUUUUUUAUUAAGCACUCUUUCUUCUGAAGAUGUUUCUGUACUAUAAGGGAAGUUGGCACUUUUGGUCUUUGCCUCUUUUGAUUCAAAGUUUUUGAAAGAAUAACAUAAAAUAUGGAUGUAUCCCUUGAUACUUAAAUUGUCUUGGCCUUUGCUUUUGGCCCUAGACCCCUCUUGCCCCUUGGCAUUUUCAUUGCAUUGGUGCACUCAGAACCAUGCUGUUUAUUUUUAUCCACUAAUAUGGAUGGUUUAGUGUCUGGGCUAUCAAAAUUCUAAAAUGCAAAUAUAGCUCUGCUGAUUCAUUGGGAAAAUGUUUCCAGUGGGCAGAAAAUAAUUCAUUUUGAAGCAAAGUCUUCUGGCUUAAAGUAAGAAAUGCUUACCUUUGGAGACAGGUGGAUUAGAAGCUUAAACCAGCCAUUUAGUUGAUUUCUGAACAAAGACAAAUUAUAAUUCUGCUUUUUCUGUUUACCUAGCAUCUAUCAUUACGGGAACUUGGUGUGCUUUUCAGCCCAUUAUGCUUGCCUCCUACCUUCCUCAUGGAAAUGAUGCCAGGGUUUUGUGAAACACUGUAAAUACUUUGGGCUCCUUAGAGAAAAUGAUAUUUGCUUUUGACAUUAUUGUUGCAUGUGGACAUGUUUGUUAGGUAUGAGGAAAGCUAUUUUUUCCCCUCUUUAUAGAUAAGGCAGUAAGGCAUAGGAGGCAGGAAGCAUGCCUCUGGGGGAGAAAACCAUCUUGCCUCCUCUUCAUUCCCCAUCCAUUCCAUGUCCUUAACUGUUUUACUCCCUCAGAUGAUGUGUAUUGCACAAAGAAAAAAGGAAGAAGGGAGUGAAAUGGAUGGAUAUUAAGCUUGGACUUAUCACAGUUCUAGUUUCUCAAAGUUAUGACUGUGUUUCUUUAAAAAGAUUAUAUUCAUGAGGGGCAGUUAGGUGAUUGAGAGCCAAGCCUAGAGAUGAGAGGUCUGGGUUCAAAUCUGGCCUCAAUCACUUCCUAGCUGUGUGACCCCUAGGAAAGUCAUUUACCCUUCAUUGCCUAGCUGUUGCUGUUCUUCUGCCUUGGAACCAAUACACUAUAUUGAUUCUAAGGCGGAUGAUAAGAGAUUUUUUUAAAAAGGGCUAUGCUCAAGCAAGUGGGUGAAUAUUUUAAACUACCCCCAUAGUUGUGAAUAUCCUAUAACAAGAGUCUAUUUAUACAUCAGUAAAUGUAAAGCCACCAUUUAAAAAUUUUAUUUGAAUUUAAUAAAUUUGGGGAGGGGGAGAGACAGCGAGAGAGGGAGGAAGGAAGAACAUUUCCAUAAGCAAAAUAAAAUAAAAGAUUAAUAUCACUUUUAAAGAGGAACCUUCCUUGAAUCAAAUUCCAUCCUAGAGUAACAAUGUGAACCAGAGAUCUUCCAACAUAGAUUUUAUUUGAGCAUGUUUAUGCAAUGCAAUAUACUACUCUGCUCUAAACAAGAAAGCCUAGUUGUGUCCUGUCUUCCAGGAAUAUAGAAGAAAUGAGACAAAUUAAUUUAUCCCGAUUUCUACUUUUCUCUUGAAGCACUACGAUAUGAAAAAGGACUAGACUAAGAGUCUCAAGAUCCCAGUUUUAGUUCUGCCUCUGUUGUUUUUGGACAACUCAAUAAAUCUCUCUGGUCCCAAGUUUCCUUAAUUGUAAAAGGAGAGGAAGGUGGACUCAGUCAUCUUGAAGUACCACUUGGCUGCUCCAUGAUAAUAACAACUCCCACUGUAUGUGUUUAUUGAAAUAAGACAGAGCAGCAAGAAGAAUAUUACUCGCUUGGAGGACCAAAAGAACUCCAAAAGUCUUAGUGCAGUUUAAUCUAUUAAAAGCCAUUAUUGAAGCCAUUAAGCUAUUUAACUUUAUAAUAAACUGAAACCAGCAAUAACAUUUUAGGGACAUGCUAGGUUGUCUUUUUUUUUUUGCAAAAGACACAAAAAUAUUCAUUUUUAGACUGAGAUACUCAAUUGUGAUUGGAGAGUACAGAUUAAAGACUUGAGUUGAAAGAACAAAUUCCUUGUUUUGGUUUUGAGGGAAGAACAAGAAUAUUUAUCAAUGUCCAUUUGAACAGGGAUUUUUUUCUUAAUAGAAAGACCCUAGUUUGGGGACAUUUCUCUAAAGAAGGAUUAAAAUAAGAAAGUAAAUAAACAAACAAUGAAGAGAUGCAUGAGGCUAUCACAUGCAUGAUGCGAUAGCCUCAGAAUCAGGAAGACCUGGACACAUCUGGAUACAUCACCCUAGGAAAAUCAUUAAAUCUCUCAGUAUCUCUGAGGACCCUCUAAGACUUAGGAGUGCUAGAGAAGGUGUUGAAUUGUACUGGUAGGGGGAAUUUCCUCUUCUGGUGAUUCAUGGAAGCUAGAUGGUACAGGAAAUAGAAUUCUGGUCCUCAAGUCAGAAAGACCUGAGUUCAUUUCUAGCCUCACAAGUUUUUUUUUUCAACUUAGUGCAGUGAUUUGCACAUGGAAGAUUUAAUAACAAAGAUCAAUUCCCUUCCCUACACUGAUGCAGUCAUCGAUCCAGACAAACAUGCACGUGUACAUAAUACCUAUAAAAACUUACUUUAUUCUAUUUCAUUAAUAUUUAAGAAUUGUAUCUAGAAUAUUUAGGAGCUGCAUAGAUAGAUAGAUAGAUAGAUAGAUAGAUAGAUAGAUAGAUAGAUAGAUAGAUAGAUGGAUGGAUAGAUAAUUCGACAAAAAUUUGGGAAAUAUAAACAUAUGCGUGUAUAUAUGUAUAUUUAUACAUAUUCUAGAAUGAGACUUUUGAGCAAGAACAAAUUCCUUGUUUUAGGAUAGCGGGCUCUGUGUGUAUAGUUACUUAAUGAAUAAUUAAAAUAUCCAGCAUUUAUCUGUAAGUUUUAUAACCGUCAAAAAUCCUAUUGGGGUUCUGUGUGUAAACAGAUUUAAAGGAAACUGCUUGGUCAAUUAAUAUGCUUGUCCUCCACAGGGAAUUUCAUAAUAUCAAAGAAGUCUUGUAGCAUCACUGAGAAGUUGCUUUCUUUUUUAAGUAAAAAAAAAAAGACUUUAAUAGUUCUAACUCCCCCCCCCAAAAUACAUGCACACAAUUUACUCACUGUUAUUCCUAGAAUGUUUUUUAUCCUUGUUUUACCUAACUAAAAAUGAUCAGAACACUUCAUGCUUUUGAAAUGGAAGGACAUCAUUUUAAUAACCAAAAUGAGUUCUUAGAAACAUAAAAAGAACUUGCAUCUGAUGCUGAAAUGUCUAUUAUUUUUAAGCCCUUACUUUCUGUUAUAUCAUCAUUACUGUGUAUUGGGUCCAAGGCAGAAGAGUGGUAAGGGCUAGGCAAUGGGGGUCAAGUGUCACACAGCUGGGAAGAGUCUGAGGUCAGAUUUGAACCCAGGACCUCCUGUUUCUAGGCUUUGCUCUCUCUCUCCAAAGAGCCUACCUAACUGCCCCUUGAAGCACUUAAAAAGAAUGAAGUCUGAUUUCCCAGUCCGAAGGUUAUAAAUUAGGCUCGUGUAAACUUAUGUGAAAUGGCUGUCUAGGAGGAAGGAUCUCCAAUUCAGAAUCUGUCUAUCUUUGUUGAAGGAAGGUGGAGAGAUGAGGGUAAUAUUCCAUAAUACAAUAAUAAUACAGCCAGUUAUAAAUACAUGAAUUGGGAGGAAAUGGCUGCUGUUUGGUUUUGUAUCUUCAUUCUCAUCUUUUUCAGUGCUGCUUCUGGAGUACCAUUUUUCCUUUAACAUAGAAUGGGGAUUUGGGCAGCUAGGGUCAAUAGAUAGAAUACUAGGUUUAGAGUCCAUCUUCCUGAGUUCAAAUCUAGCCUCAGACACUUGCCAUUUGGGUGACCUUGGGCAAGUCACAUCACCCUGUUGGCCUCAGUUUCCCCUUCUGUAUAAUGAGAUGGAGAAGGACAUGGCCAAAAUCUUUGUCAAAAAAACUCCAAAUGGGGUCACAGUGUGUGGGAUAUGGCUGAAAUGACAAUAGGACAACAAAAAUGAGGCUAAACCAUGGAACAUAAUACCAGGUGCUAGACAGAAGCCUUAUAUGAAUUCAUGACCAGGGGAAAAGCUACAAGGAGGAAGAGAGGCUAGAGUAUUAGUCUUGGUGUCCCAAAGACCUGAGUUCAGAUGCUGCCUCAGACACUAGUUGUGGGACUUCUCUCUCAGACUCAGAUUCCUCAUCUGUAAAAUGAGGUUGAUAAUAGCUCCUACCUCCCAGGGUUCUUGUGAGGAUCAACAGAUGUAAAGCCUUUUACACCAUGUAAAUGUCAGUUAUCCUGUCAUAAUUUGAUAUCUUCUACACAAAUGUAUGAAGCACACUCUGAUUUCACAGUCCUAGAAGGAGUUUUAAGUAUAGGGAACUCUUGGUGAUUUCAGAGAAAAUUCUAUGCAUGUAAGAUAUUCAGAUAUCGCUUACAUCAACACAAGAGCAGAUACAUAUUUCUUUAUUGCUAAAAUCAAAUACUAACUUUGUUCUCAUAUUUUAUCAGCCACCUACCAACAUCCUGUUACAGUGACAUAUAUUCUAAAUAAACACCAGCAUCAUAAUUAUGUUUUUCAAGUAUUAUGAGUGAAUAAAUAUACUUUUCUGUUAAAUGUUCAAGAAAAUGAGUAUAAAGUAAGCCUGUUGGCAAAAAUAGACCACAGUAAAGUCAAUAAGUCUCUGUUAUAUGAAAAUCCAGACAUGUUAUUUUAAUGAGAAAACAGUGAACAUAUAGUAAAGUGAUACUGAUGUAUUAUAAGAUAGGGGGGGUCAUUAUUGUGGCUGAUACAAGCACAUUUCCAAUAUUUCACAUUUCCUUUUCUAAACUAUUCUUUCAAACUUUUUUUUUGUCAAUCAGUGAAGUCCGUUUUAGAGGAAAAGUUGGGGGUUUGGGGACUUAAGGGGGGACUGGAGAGAACAACAGUAUGUUUUGAGAUUUGAAAGUUUCAGAGGAGCUGCAAGGCAUAGUUAAUGUCACACCAGUUAAGAAGGAAGACCUGAGUAGGAAUUUAUGCGACUCAGGGAAGCCACUUAAGCUCCUUGAGCCUCAGUUUCUUUAUCUGUAAAAUGGGAAUAAAAAUAGCAUAUUUCACAGAGUUGUAGUUUGUUUAUCUUGCAGUGAUAUAUAAAUGUUGGAUAUUAUCAGUAUUAUCAAAUGAAUGCCAAAGGUUACAUGAGUUUAACCUAAUGUUAGAUAGUCUACAAAUGGAUGGAAAUUUUCUUGUUUCAGUUCUAAAAUAACUGAAGGAUUUCUCCUUCAACUCUAGUGUUUAGGAAUGUUUAAAUCUUUAUAUGGAAGUAAAAUCUGGACAUUUGAAA